UGGGAGGAGCCUGCCUAAUGCAGUAUACGACUGUGGCAGCAACAGAACUCAUGCAACACUCAGCUGAGCGAUAACGCCACGCCGGGGAAAAACGGAGAUGACAGCCGACUGCCUGCCGGUCGAAUAAUCCGUGCUGCUGCAGUCAGAAAAGAAAACUCCGCCCAGACCCAAAUCUUAAACCAAGGAGAUGUAUUCUACUUCAUCGCGAUACAACAAGACACGCGACAGUUUUAUUUAAUUCCGUCGCGCAUAUGAGCUGUUUGUAUGCGUUUCCAGUGUUUGCUCGAAGUCUUAACGUGCGCUUAAGUGACAGUUGUAAUGAAAAAUUAAGUCAUUGCUGCCCAAACGAGGCGCGGCGCUAAAUUGGUGCUCAAACCACUUGAGCUGUCACGAGCGGUGUGGAGCGGCAGCGACUGCGUAGCUCUCCCCGGCCCUGACUGCCAGGACCUGCACUAUUUCUGCCGUUUUUAUCGCACUGCCGUCUCCCUGGAUACGCCUGAAUCAUGACUAACAGCCCGCUGCUCGCGCGGACCCUCUGCUGAAGCGACGGUUCAGGACCAUGGAUACUCGUUUGUUUGCUUUAGGCUUCCGAAGUUACGCCGUCAUAAAUGGAGGAAGAGAUUGACACACGUAAAAUCAACAGCAGUUUCCUUCGCGAUCACAACUAUGCAACUGAAGCUGACAUCAUCUCCACCGUCGAGUUCAACUCCACCGGAGAGCUCUUGGCCACCGGGGACAAAGGAGGACGCGUGGUGGUGUUCCAGAGAGAGCAGGAGAGUAAAAACCAGCCUCAUCGGAGAGGAGAAUACAAUGUUUACAGCACCUUUCAAAGCCAUGAACCCGAGUUCGACUACCUGAAGAGCCUGGAGAUCGAGGAGAAGAUCAACAAGAUCCGCUGGCUGCCGCAGCAGAACGCCGUCUACUUCCUGCUCUCCACCAAUGAUAAAACCGUGAAGCUGUGGAAGAUCAGCGAGAGGGAUAAGAGACCGGAAGGCUACAACUUGAAGGAUGAAGAUGGGCGGAUCCGCGACCCCGCCACCAUCACCUCUCUGCGGGUUCCGGUUGUGCGGCCGAUGGACCUCAUGGUGGAGGCCACGCCCCGCCGGGUCUUCUCCAACGCCCACACCUACCACAUCAACUCCAUCUCGGUCAACAGCGACUACGAGACGUACAUGUCCACCGACGACCUGAGGAUCAACCUGUGGAACCUGGAGAUCACCAACCGCAGCUUCAACAUCGUGGACAUCAAACCCGCCAACAUGGAGGAGCUGACGGAGGUGAUCACGGCGGCGGAGUUCCACCCAAACCACUGCAACACCUUCGUCUACAGCAGCAGCAAGGGCUCCAUCCGGCUGUGCGACAUGCGGGCCUCCGCGCUCUGCGACAACCACUCCAAGUUCUUCGAGGAGCCGGAGGACCCGAGCAACCGCUCCUUUUUCUCCGAGAUCAUCUCCUCCAUCUCGGACGUGAAGUUCAGCCACAGCGGCCGCUACCUGAUGACGCGGGACUACCUCACGGUCAAGGUGUGGGACCUCAACAUGGAGAGCAAGCCCCUGGAGACCUACCAGGUGCACGACUACCUGAGGAGCAAGCUGUGCUCGCUGUACGAGAACGACUGCAUCUUCGACAAGUUCGAGUGCGUGUGGAACGGGGCGGACAGCGUCAUCAUGACCGGCUCCUACAACAACUUCUUCCGGAUGUUCGACCGCAACACCAAGCGGGACGUGACGCUGGAGGCCUCGCGGGAGAACAGCAAGCCGCGCGCGGUGCUGAAGCCGCGCAAGGUGUGCGUGGGCGGGAGGCGGCGCAAGGACGAGAUCAGCGUGGACAGCCUGGACUUCAGCAAGAAGAUCCUGCACACCGCCUGGCACCCCUUCGAGAACAUCAUCGCCGUCGCCGCCACCAACAACCUCUACAUUUUCCAGGACAAGGUCAACUAAAGUGCCACGCCCGCGCACACCUGAGACCGUCGCGGUCGCCGUGUCUAACAGACGUUUCGGCUUUCCUCCACCGUGAAACGCCCCCCCCCCCUUUGACGUCACUUGCUGUAGAUCUGCUGUAUUAAGCACAGCAAAGUCGGGAGAGAAACUUCUCUGUGGUUGGGAAGUUCCUGGAGGAGAGACGGGAAUUCUGGGAAGUGAGAAGUGAGCGUUACGGAACUGACGGAACGGGGACUUUGCUGGCGUGACCUUGGGGUGCUGCGUGACCACGCUGCCGGGCUGAAGGUGUUCUGCACAAACCCCCCCCCCCCUCCCCCCUCUCUCCCUGAAGAGGGUGCUUAUUUAUUUUAUUUAUUCACAUCAAACACAAAGGUGCCCUCCUUCCGGGGUUAUGCACUAACUGACUGAGGGAGGGGGUCGUAUUUCUGGAAAUGUAGCAGCACUCAGUUCCAAAUCAUCUUAAAGCACUCAAAAAAUGAAUGAAAUAAAAAAACAGAAAUUAAGUAAUAAUUACAUGCGAUGCUCAGAGAGAGAAAACAACAACCAUGAAACAAACUAAAAACUCGCAACUGCUGUUUAAACCUAAGAAUUGCACCCUGAUCCCAUCCACUCCAUCCUUCUUAGUGCCACCUUACUGGCUUCCAUAUGGAGCUGUCCGGCGACCUCACUUCCUGUCACAUGGAAACCCUGGCCAAUGACAGAGUUCCUCCUUAGAAGUGACCCUGGUGUACAUGGCUGAAUUCCUACAAUAAUGAGAAAUGGGAUGCAAAGACUUCCUGUGAUUCUCCUUGUUUUUUGUUUUUAAGCGAAUCCGAGGUGUGACAGUAAAAGGGACGCUGGAGAAGACUUCUGACUUCCUCUGGCCAGAGGUCCUUUUUUUAAGAUUCAACUUUCUUUUGGUCGUUUUAUUUUCCUCUUUCAAUAUUUAAACGAAGAAGCUGUGGUGCCUUGUUUUUGGUAUUUGGAAAAUGUGAAGGUUUCCGAAAGCUUCGAUAACUUUGCCCUGCCGUGGAUCUCACCGGACUUCAGGCUACAGACAGUAACACUGUGUGUGGAGCUGUCUGACUGAGGGGGGGGAAGAUGGGGGAGGGGGGGUGCCUGGGGUGGGGCAGGGCUGGAGUUGAAUUUGGGGUAGUGUGGGAAUGGUGACUGUUCCUCUGUAAUGUUUCUGAAGAGAUUGAUGAUUGUGGAAUUUUUUCAAAGCAAUGUGAAUGAUUUCUUUUUUUUUUUUUGCUCAUGUCAGGGAAACAGAAAGUAUCUAAUUAAAACAGCCAUUGGAUAUCUGUGAUCAGCAUUAAUCCUCUCGAGAUUUCACUUCACUGUAAUAUUUCCCUGAUUUAAAGCUUUUUUUUUCAAAUACAGGAUUGCAAUAGUGUAACACUUGUACAAACACCUGAAUCUAAAAGAACACAGUUAACCGCCAUAAUUGUUCCCCCAUUAACUGGUCUUACCUGCUGUUCUUCAGGAGUUUCACUUUGUUUCUGUUCAUCAUGAUCCUCGUUCUUUAUGCCAUGCCAGCGGGGGGGGGUGGGGGGUGGGGGGCAUCCACGGUUCCGUCCCAUUCCAGGAAGGCUCACCUCUUUUCCCGAAAUGAGACGGGAGCUGGUCAGCGGAAAAUUGGAAACCACUCUGACUUCCUGCUGCCACGCCUCUCUGCUUCCUGUCGCAACGCUGGCAGUCCUGUGUGACGAAUCAUCGAACCCGACCCUCACAGAAUUCCAUCGCGUCCGUUUUCAUUUCCUGUUCCAAAGACACCCGGAAGGAGACGAAGUUUAGAGUCCGAAUUUCGGCUCUUUUGAUGACUGGGGACUGGGCUCGUGUUACGAACCGAUGAAGCCGGCUGGAAAAACAGCUGAUUCCCGAAAGCUUCAUCAAGAAGGGCAUCGGAAAAGUCAAGGGCGGUAUCAUGAUGUAGCCUAACCAGUUACAAAGGUUCUAUGAUAUCAGGGAAUUUUAAGUACAAUUCCUUUAAAAUGUAAUGUCUUCUAAAUAAACAACUUACGUUGUAAACUUCUUAAUGAAACAAAGUUUUAUAGCUCAGAAUGUAUUUAAAUGAAUUUAAUUGUCAUGCAGUCUAAGCUUAAUAGGAUCAAUUGAAGUAAAAAAAAAAAAGUUGCUUAAUUCGAAA